CGUGAUAUGAAGUCACAUGACAAUAACUGGACAGGCACAGCAAAAUGGCAGCGUUUUUACAGUGGAGGAAAUUUGUGUUUUUUGAUAAAGAAACAGUCAAAGACCCUGCGGAAAAUGGGAAAAACUUCACGCUUCCCCCUGGAAUAUCGGCGUGUGACUCGGGCCGGGGACAUAUUGUUCUGGCUGAUAUGGAUGGCAUGAUCUGGCUGUUGUCGCGCUCUCUACAGUUGACGUCUUUCCAGGCGUACAAACUGCGGGUGACUCACGUGUACCAACUAAAACAGCACAGCAUCCUGGUGUCUGUGGGUCAAGACGAGCACGGAAUAAACCCUCUUGUUAAAGUCUGGAACUUGGACAAGAGAGACAGUGGAAAUCCACUUUGUACAAGAAUUUUUCCUGCAAUACCAGGAAACAAACCAACAGAAGUGUCAUGUCUCAGUGUCCACGAGAAUCUCAACUUCAUGGCCAUUGGGUUCACAGAUGGCAGUGUGGUUUUGACUAAAGGAGAUAUCACCAGAGACCGCCACAGUAAAACUCUGACCCUUCACGAGGGUCCCAGUCCGGUCACAGGCCUGUCCUUCCGUCAGGUUGCCAAAGUCACGCACCUGUUUGUCGUCACCCUGGAGAAAGUCUAUUGCUACACAUUGUCUAUGAAGGAAUACCCUAAACUAGAACUGGACACUCACGGAUGUGGCCUUCGCUGCUCGGCUCUGGCAGACCCCUCCCAGGAUUCACAGUUCAUCGUUGCCGGGGACGACUGUGUGUACUUAUAUCAGCCUGAUGAGAGAGGACCCUGCUUUGCCUUUGACGGACACAAGCUGUUGGCCCACUGGCACAGAGGAUACUUGUUUCUACUUAUCAGAGACGCCAAGUCCCCAAACAACAGGUCAGGAUUUGGGAGCAGAGAAAGCUCGCCUUCAGAGAAACAGCUCUUGACGAUAUAUGACCUGGACAACAAGUUUAUCGCCUACAGCUCCUCUUUUGACGACGUUAUUGACGUAGUGGCAGAGUGGGGGUCUUUCUAUAUUCUGACAAGAGAUGGGAAGAUGUUUGUGCUUCAAGAAAAGGACACACAAACUAAACUAGAGAUGUUAUUUAAGAAAAAUCUCUUUGUAAUGGCUAUAAACCUUGCAAAAAGCCAGCACCUGGACAGCGAUGGUUUGUCAGAGAUCUUUAGACAGUACGGCGAUCACCUGUACCUGAAGGGGGACCAUGAUGGAGCCAUUCAGCAGUAUAUCCGCACCAUUGGGAAACUGGAGCCGUCCUAUGUCAUCAGAAAGUUCCUAGAUGCUCAGAGAAUACAUAAUUUAACUGCGUAUCUACAGGCCUUACACAGACAGUCUCUUGCCAAUGCGGAUCACACCACACUGCUGCUCAACUGUUACACAAAGCUCAAGGACAGCUCCAAACUAGAGGAGUUCAUCAAGACCAGUGAAAGCGAGGUGCAUUUUGAUGUGGAGAUUGCCAUUAAGGUUCUGCGCCAAGCAAGUUACCAUAGCCACGCCGUUUUUCUGGCUGAAAAACAUGAGCAUCACGAAUGGUAUCUGAAGAUCCAACUAGAAGACCUAAAGAACUACCAAGAAGGGCUGCGUUACAUUGGCCGUCUGCCGUUUGACCAAGCCGAAAGUAACAUGAAGCGUUAUGGAAAGACCCUGAUGCACCAUGUCCCUGAAGGCACCACGCAGCUUCUGAAAGGUUUAUGCACCAACUAUCAGCCCAGUGGAGACGCCGUAGACACCGCCAGCCUGGACAGAGGUCGCGUUAAUAAGGCUAAUUCUGAAGAGUUCAUUCCCAUUUUUGCCAAUAACCCACGUGAACUGAAAGCCUUCCUUGAGCACAUGAUUGAGGUGGAUCCGCGAUCUUCACAAGGAGUUUAUGACACUUUACUUGAGCUCCGUCUUCAAGACUGGGCCCACGAACGGGACCCCGAGAGGAAGAAAGUCCUGCAGGGGGAGGCACUUUCACUGUUGAGAAGUGAUCACACAGUAUUCGAUAAGGCUUUAGUUCUUUGUCAAAUGCACAACUUUAAAGAAGGCGUAUUAUAUCUCUAUGAAAAGGGCAAACUGUACCAGCAGAUCAUGCACUACCACAUGCAGAACGAGGAGUAUGGGAAGGUGGUGGAUGCUUGUAAACGCUAUGGAGAACAGGACUGUUGUCUGUGGGAGCAGGCUCUUGGAUACUUUGCUCGAAAAGAGGAAGACUGUAAGGCCUACAUCAGUGAAGUGCUCCAACACAUCGACCAGAACAAUCUGAUGCCUCCAUUACUGGUGGUGCAGACAUUGGCACAUAACUCUACUGCCACACUAUCGGUCAUUAAGGAUUACCUUAUCACCAAACUUCAGAGGGAAAGCCAACAGAUCGAGAAUGAUGAACGCAAAAUCCGUCAGUAUCGAGAAGAAACUGCUCACCUUCGUUCAGAAAUAGAAGAAUUAAAAACAAGUGCCAAGAUCUUUCAGAAGACCAAGUGCAACAUGUGUAACAGUCCCUUGGAGCUGCCGUCGGUUCACUUCCUGUGUGGACACUCUUUCCAUCAGCACUGCUUUGAGAGUUACGCUGAGAGUGAAGCCGAGUGUCCCACCUGCACCCCGGAAAACCGCAAAGUCAUGGAUAUGCUGCGCGCACAAGACCAGAAACGAGACCUGCAUGAUCACUUUAAUAAUCAGCUGCGUUCCUCUAAUGAUGGAUUCUCGGUGGUGGCCGAUUACUUUGGUCGAGGCGUCUUUAAUAAACUCACACUGGUCACGGACCCUCCAGGCAGUAAAAGUGUGAGCAACCUUGAAGUCAACCUCCAGAGAGAUCUGCUUAUUCACACCAAGAGGAACAACUAGAAAAUUCCUCUCAUCUAAAUGCAUCUGUAUUAUCUGUAUGAGCAUCCUAAUGACCUGAGCUGCCUGAGCAUCUCACUUAAUUAGCUGUUUAUGUGACUAAUGAUUGACUGUCAUUUUAUACAGAAAAGUGUCUACUGUAUAAAUGUGCAUAAAAGCAUCUGUGAAAAUGUUUUAAACACAUUAAGUCAUUGACUUCAACAAUGCACAGCCUUGAACACAUUAAGAUGACCCUUAAAUAUUAAAUAUCCUUACACAAUAUGUUUGUGUGUAGUAGGGCAGAUGAAGUUGUUUUUUAUUUCUCAUUUUAUUAUGUUGCUUACUGAAAAUUUGUGGAACAAAUAAUAAUAAAUGUAUUAUAGUCCCAAGCAAA